AUGACAAACAAAUUUAAAGUCCACCUUGGCGUGACAUUGAACAAGGGCGUGAAUUUUGAGACGUUUUACAACGUUCGAAAUAGGACUGCGGACGCUACGGUGGUGGCGGUGAAAAGGACAACUGCAUUGAUUUCUACUACUGAAUGCCUAAACCUACUGUGGUGGAAGAAGGGCAUAUUGGUGCCGAUGGGAAAAUUCAAAAAACUACCACCAAUCUUCGAAGAGGCUGGGAGAGAGUUACCAAUGAAGUAUCCAGAACUUUCCUUUGCAAAAAUUGAUGCCUAUAAGUACAAGAAGAAAUUGAGUCGCUAUUAUAUCCAAAGAUAUCCCACAGUCGAGCUUCAUGUGAAUGAAACCUACAUCAAACACAUAGAGAAGCAGUCAAGGCAAUCUAAAACCACUUAUGUUAUCCUCUUCUAUGCCUCCUGGUGUGGGCACUGCGAGGAGCUAAUGCCCGUCUUCAGCGAGGCCGCCAAAGCUCUUCCUGGUAGAUAUCCUAACGUCGCCUUCGGCAGAAUCGAUGCCAGCAAGUACAAACAGGAGUUAGUGCACCAUAAUAUCAAGGGUUACCCCACGUUGAUGACCCUUGUGGAUGGAAACUACAACAAAUUCUCGGGAAAACGGACAUUCGAGAAUAUAAAUGACUUCGUGGGUAAAACCAGGCGGAAGGAGUGA